CGGCUCUCACUCAGCCAAGCUGCAACCGCAACCUCUCCUUCCAACCUCCCUUUCUUUUCCCCCUCCUCUCCCUUUCUUCCUCGCCUCCGGUAGCAAUCUUCUUUCCAUGGGAACGGAGGAGGCCCCUACCAAGGUAAACUUAUCGGCGGAGACGACGUUUGUUGCCUCUUUUAGAUCCCAUCUGAAAGAGACCUUCUUCCCCGACGACCCCUUCCGCCAGUUCAAAGGCCUCCCGGCAUGCGGCAUAGCAUGGACCGCCCUCAAAUAUUUUGUUCCAAUGCUUGGUUGGGCUCCCAGUUACACCUUCGCCAAGUUCCGGUACGACCUUCUCGCCGGUAUCACCAUCGCCAGCCUUGCGAUCCCGCAAGGCAUUAGCUAUGCUCGCCUCGCCGAUCUUCCUCCCAUUAUUGGCCUAUAUUCUAGUUUCGUGCCACCUUUGAUCUAUGCGAUCUUGGGUAGUUCAAACAACCUCGCAGUCGGAACCGUUGCAGCAGCCUCAUUGCUUCUUGCUUCAAUCAUUUCGGGUGAAGUCUCACCCUCUGACAAUCCACAGUUAUACGCUCAGUUAUGCUUCACCGCGGCCUUCUUCACUGGAAUUCUUCAAACAGCCUUGGGGUUCCUCAGGCUUGGGAUAUUGGUGGAUUUCUUAUCCCGGUCGACCAUCACCGGAUUCAUGGGCGGGACGGCGAUCAUCAUAAUUCUGCAACAGCUCAAAGGCAUGCUCGGAUUAAAGAAUUUCACAGCCAAGACUGAUCUCAUCUCCGUGAUGCAUUCGGUCUUCACGUACAGACAUGAGUGGAAAUGGCAGAGUGCAGUCCUUGGUAUAUGCUUUCUUUGCUUUCUACUUCUCAGCCGGCAUCUGAAAACAAAAGUUCCAAGGCUAUUCUGGGUCUCAGCAAUGGCUCCUUUGCUGGUGGUGGUUCUGGGAGGUAUUUUUGCUUUUGUUGUCCAUGGGGACGAUCAUGGAAUCCCUACAGUUGGCACUCUGAGAAAAGGACUCAAUCCGAUAUCCAUAACGGAAUUAAAAUUCCAGUCUCAAUAUCUACCUACGGCUAUGAAAGCAGGAUUGCUUUCGGAUUUCCUGGCACUAGCGGAAGGAAUAGCUGUUGGAAGGAGCCUAGCAUUGCUGAAAAAUGAACAAAUAGAUGGGAACAAGGAAAUGAUAGCUUUUGGGAUGAUGAACAUAGCUGGCUCUUUCUUUUCAUGCUAUCUCACAACUGGGCCCUUUUCUAAGUCGGCAGUUAAUUUUCAUGCGGGAUGCAAGACACCGAUGUCUAAUGUGGUGAUGGCAGUUUGCAUGAUGUUGGUGUUGCUAUUCUUGGCUCCUCUCUUCGAACACACUCCUUUAGUGGCUCUAUCAGCGAUCAUUGUAGUUGCCAUGAUUGGGCUUAUUGAGUACAAGGAGAUCCACCACCUCUUCAAGGUGGACAAGUUCGACUUCUGUAUCUGCAUGGCUGCUUUCCUUGGGGUUGUAUUAUUCAACAUGGUUGCUGGUCUUGCAUCAUCUGUAGGUUUGUCAGUAAUAAGAGCAUUGUUAUAUGUGGCUAGGCGUGCUUGCAAGCUUGGAAACAUAAGAGGAACUGCAAUGUAUCGUGACAUCGAGCAAUAUCCAGAUUCAUCCAGCUUCCCUUAUAUACUAAUCCUACAACUGGGUUCCCCUAUCUACUUUGCAAACUCUGGCUAUCUAAGGGAAAGGAUCUCAAGAUGGGUAGAAGAUGAAGAGAAUAUCAUCAAAAAGGAUGGGGAAGAUCUUCUGUGUGUUGUUCUUGAUAUCGGUGGGGUGACAUCUAUUGACAACACUGGCAUUGGGAUGCUAAAGGAAGUCUACAGAAUUCUCGAGAGAAGAAAAAUUAAGAUGGCUAUAACAAAUCCAAGGUCAGAGGUGGCAGUGAAGCUGGUAUCAUCAAACUUUAUCAACUUAAUUGGACAGGAUCAGGUGUUUCUCUCUGUCAGGGAUGCAGUUACAGCCUGCCGCUAUGCUCUUCAGGAAUCAAGAGAAAUGGGAGAGCAAGCAUAGGAAUAAGAUUAGGUGGAGCAAGCUGCAAGUAUAGGAAUAAUAUUAGGACGCUUAUAUAGCAAAUGCAUGAUCCUCGCAUUACUACAGGCAGUCUGUCAAUAGCAGCUGAGGUCAAAUGUCACUAGAUAUCGUAUGAUGAUAUGUUUAGUAAGUAGAGAGAUUCUACAUAUGUGAAGCAUUUUCAGAUGACAAUGACAAGAUAAUUUUUGAAUCUAUAGUUUUGUGUAUAAAAAAUAUCAUUAAUUUGUGAGAUUUGAAUGGUGGUGAACUAUAUCUUUUGUAUCAGAAAACAUUAAAAAUUGUAAUAUUUGGAAUCUUCAGAAUUUAUUUUUU